AUGAAGAGGAUGAUUAUUUUCUGUAUGCUUUUGCUCUGCUCCAGUAUGGCACUGACUGCAGCUUCACAUAAAAAAACAAAAUACAAACAGCUUUUCAAGACAAUUAAACUGUUGGAAACCUCAGUGAAAGAUACGGAUGCUGAACUGCUGCAUACACCAGGAAACCCUGCGGAGGAAUGUCUGUUCACGGCUGUCACCUGCUUCCAGACGGGCAUACUGAAAUUACAACCAAAAAACAGCAGCGUGAAUUCCACAUUCACCCAAGCGGUUAAAGUCUUGCGAAAUUUCUCCUUGCACAAUUCUGGAAAGCAGUGUGAGUCUUCAUGUGAAUCGUAUGAGAAAAAAUCUCCCACAGAGUUUUUGAAGAGCUUUACAAAACUAAUCACACAGACUCCUCCACCUGAGAAGCAACUGUUAAGUUACACCCGAACAGAUUCACGUGACGAAACCGAUCUUGGAAGAAAGCGUAAAGCUUUCCAGUGA